AUGCCUACUGCUCCUAUUUCAGCACGACCUUCCAAUCGCCCAUCAUAUGAAGAGAUGAUUUAUAGGGCAAUUGAGGCACUAAAGGAGAAGAAUGGGUCAAGCAAGAGAGCGAUAGGGAAAUAUAUAGAUCAAGUGUACAAGGACCAGUUGCCAUCAACUCACUCCACCUUGUUGACUCACCACUUGAAGCGUUUGAAGAAUAGUGGGUUUCUUGUCAUGGUCAAGAAAUCUUACAAGCUCUCUAGAUCUGCUCAUGUUCUUGCAACCACAACUUUUGCUGCCCCUUCUCAAGCCUCAAGGCCCAAGGGUCGACCGCGUAAGGUCCAAUCCCAGCCUAAAGUUGAGGUUCCUGAUGAAAACAUGCAAUUGAAAGUUGAGCCCAUGUGGCUUACGUUUGGGCUCUCAGAUGAGCGCAAGCAAGCCCAGGGCAGAAGGAGAUACCCAACUCGUCCAAAGAAGAGUAUAGUGCCUAGAGAAGAACAUUUUGGCCCAACAAAUGUAGCCCCUGCGCAAAAAAAACGUUCGCCUAGGUCUCAAUCUGAAAAGACACUUAAUCUUCCUCCUAAGACUAGGUCAGUCAAGGGAGUUGCUGACAAGCCCAAGAGACACCCAGGUCGUCCACCUAAGAAUCAUUCACAAGCGACUCAAAUUCCUUUAGAUCCAAUUGAACCUAUGCAUUCAACUAAACUGCCAACUCAACCAAUUAAUGGUGAUGUGGUUGCUCGCGUGGCUUUAAGGCCACGAGGACGACCAAAAAAGAAUACUGUAGUGACGAUGGCUGCUAUUAUUGCUGGUGCUCAAGGACAAAGUUGUAGGUAUGACCACAAUGGUGGUGGUGGACAAAGACAAGGAAAAGGGGGUAAUGGAUUACCUAUGCAACCAAGAAAAUCCACUGGAAAGCCUGUGGGUCGUCCAAAGAAGGGAUCAACUUCUGCUAGUGCUUCUCAAAAUGCUGCUAAUGGAGGACUGAGGGGGAAACUUGAACACUUCCAAUCAAAAGUCAAGCAAUCUGUUGCAGUACUUAAGCCUCAUUUUAACAAGGGAAGUCCAGUCACUGUGAUUGCUGCUAUUAAGGAGUUGGAAAUGCUGGGAACUAUGGACCUCAAUGCACCAUUGAAGGAUGAGGCACUUCCACAGCCACCAAAACAGCAACAGAUUCCCCUUAAGAAUCAGGCCCAUGCUAGGAAGAAUUAA